ACCUGCCUAACCCAAACCCAAAGAAUAAUAGUCUUACGCCCGCACCAUUCAGCAGGGCAGUGAUUUUUAUCAGGGAGGAAAAUGGUGCUUGGUUUGAAUUCAGAUCGUCCAUAGAUUAUGGAGUGCGUCCAAUAUCCGAAUUCGAACGUUGAGAAUCAGCUUGCUGUGUCAUCCAUGCGUGGUGCGGCCAGAAUGGCACUGAACCAUCCGCUGCUCUUAAGAUGUUCGACGCUUUGCCUGACAGAAACAACCGAUUUCCAAGCGUCUCCUUUUCGAUCAUCCAUACAGCUUGUUCAUUCCAAGAAUCAGAAAAACUGUACCUUCCAUUUGCUGCCCUUGAACAUCAGCAGAACUCGCAUUUCAAGACCUAGGCCGUUGAAUGCAUCGAAGAAGUUCUUCCAAAGCAGCGAAAGCGAUACUGAUGAGGAAGACGCCGACCCCAACAACAAAUAUCACAGAGUUGCCGCUGACCCCUAUCUUAUGACUGAAGAAGAGAGAUUGGAGAUGCGGAGAAAGAUUAGGGAGGUGCUUGAUUCGAACCCCGUUAUCGAAGAGGAGAUUGAUCCCGUGCAGCGCAAGAUCAAAAUGCAGAGGCUGCUUGCAGAUUACCCGCUUGUCGCCGAAGAGGAUGACCCUGAUUGGCCAGACGAUGCCGAUGGAUGGGGUUUCAAAUUUGAUCAAUUUUUUAAUAAUAUCAGGAUUAAGAAUGUGAGAAAGGAAGACGAUGAAGGCUACGACAGCGAGAAGGAGAUUGUGUGGCAGGACGAUGAUUACAUCAAGCCUAUUAGAGAUAUAACCACCAGGGAAUGGGAGGAUACUGUCUUCAAGAAUUUCAACCCUUGCAUCAUUCUAGUCCACAAUCGAUACAAGAGGCCUAAAGAAAAUGUGAGGGCAAGGGAUGAAUUGGAGAAGGCUGUAAAGUUGUUUUGGGAGACUGGGCUUCCUUCUCCUAGAUGUGUAGCUGUGGACGCUGUUGUUGAGGAUGAACUGGUGGAAGCUCUGCAUGUAUCCAUCUUUCCAGAGAUAAUCUUCACGAAAGCUGGAAAGAUACUGCAUCGCGAUAAAGUUGUAAGGAAUGCAGACGAGUGGUCGAAGAUGAUGGCAUUCUUCUACUACAAGGCAGUACGACCGACUUGCUUGGAUAAGGCAGCUGGAGUGAAUAAGGAGAAGAUACCAUCACUCAGAUAGAGCAGGAAGUUUGUGUCCUUGAAAUACUUAUUUUGUGCUCUAAGGUCUGGUAUGAUUUCUUUUCACUGGAAUGAAUGAAGUUGAAGCUGAUAAAACUAGAAAUUUACUCGAUUGAACGAAGAAAAUUGCAAGAAACUUCAUGUUGGCCUGAAUUGAGAAUCUUCUUAAACUGUUCCGAAUGAUAAGAUUGUAAUCAUUGAUUUCUAAGUUAAUCAAAUGAUGCUUUAAGGUUAACCGGUUCCUUGAUGUGCUCAUAGUGGUUCAAUGAACUCAAUGACUCGACUUGACAUAUGAGUGAAUCUUAUUUGUGAAUUUGGCAUUUGUUAUGCUUAGUUUGUAAUAUUGCAUCGUCUAGCUUUGAUAGAA